AUGGGAAAUCAGAGCUCUGAGCAGAAGCGCACUCAGCCCCCACCUGCCCCUGAGGUUGGAAUCUUCCUUGAAGGGCACUCCUCUUCACCUGUAGCUGUAACUGCAGAUGAAAAUAAGAAUGAGACUCAACAACCCAACGUGUCUCUGCAGCUUUCCAGUACCAUGCUGAUGGACGAAGUGGGAUCCUGGGGCCAACCUCGUUUGCCUUUGAGACUUCCCUUCAGUUUGCCACCUGAACUUGUAAGAGAGCAACUGGAGAGCCUCUGGGAGAAAAGAGGAUCCAGCAUUCCUGUGGACAGUUCAAGAGCUCUUAAACACCCAGAGGGGCCACCACCUGCAGUUGUGAAAGAGUCCCUAGCAACUGCAAAAGUAAAUAGCUCUGAGGGGCUAGCAGUCUGGAAGAAAAUGGGACAAAAUUCUAUUAAUGUGAUCCCAAAAUUCUCUAGUACCCCUCCCUCACUGAUGGUAGGGGGAGCAGGGGUCAGCAAUGAAAACACAGAAAGAGGUGUCAAUAAUGCAAAUUUCCCUGUGGCUUUGCCACAAGGUCAAGGAUUCUUUCCACCCAAAUGCCCACAAGUAGGAGAUCCUCCACCUAUCCCCACCAUUAGAUCUGGGAUAAUGAUGCAGGUGCCUCCAGGAUAUGUGAGAAUGCCCAACAAUGGAAGGAUGGCUCAUGUUUCUUUCCCAACGGGAAGCCCAGGGCUCCCCAUGGAAAACUGGUCAAGGCCUGCAAUCAUUCCUCCUGGUAUUGCUCCUUUACCUUCCUGGCCUUGUGCUCCUGGCUUCAUAUGCCCUCUAUUUUGGAAUUUCAAUCCAUUUCUCAAUAUGCCUGUGCGUUUUGUUCCUGCCCCAAUAAAUGGUUCUCCACAUCUUCCCACUUUUGCCAAUUUCCCUCCCAGGAACAUGCUACCUCCUGCAUCCUUUAUCAGAGAGAACAAAUGA